ACGGACCAUCGUAAUAGGAUCGCACGGCUUUCUGUCGUUUCUUUCACAGAUGCUUUCAAGGGCCAAACCUGCUGUAGGUGGGGACCUACCCCACACUGACAAAAGGAAGAAGAAAGGCAGGAAGAUGCCAAAACUAGAGGAGCUACUUUCACAAAGAGAUUUCACCGGAGCCAUUACCCUAUUGGAGUUCAAACGUCAUGUUGGGGAACAAGAAGAGGAUACUAAUUUGUGGAUUGGAUACUGUGCUUUUCACCUGGGUGACUACAAGAGAGCUUUGGAGGAAUAUGAAAAUGUAACAAAAGAGGAAAAUUGCAAUCCUGAAGUGUGGGUGAAUCUAGCCUGUACCUACUUUUUUCUUGGAAUGUAUAAGCAAGCUGAAGCUGCUGGAUUCAAAGCUCCAAAAAGCCGACUUCAAAACCGCCUCCUCUUUCAUUUGGCUCACAAGUUUAAUGAUGAGAAGAAGUUGAUGAACUUCCAUCAGAAUCUUCAGGAUAUCACGGAAGAUCAGCUCAGUUUGGCCUCAAUCCACUAUAUGAGAUCUCACUACCAAGAAGCUAUUGAUAUUUAUAAGCGAAUACUGCUAGAUAACAGGGAAUACCUUGCCCUUAAUGUUUAUGUGGCUCUGUGUUACUACAAGUUGGAUUACUAUGAUGUGUCUCAAGAAGUUCUGGCUGUUUACCUUCAGCAAAUUCCUGAUAGCACCAUCGCACUCAAUCUUAAGGCCUGUAAUCAUUUUCGUCUUUACAAUGGCAAAGCAGCUGAGGCCGAACUCAAAAGCUUGAUGGACAAUGCUUCUUCUUCCUUUGAAUUUGCGAAGGAACUCAUCAGGCACAAUCUGGUUGUCUUCCGAGGAGGUGAAGGGGCUUUGCAGGUUUUGCCUCCCCUGGUUGAUGUCAUUCCUGAAGCAAGGCUAAACUUAGUGAUUUACUACCUUCGUCAAGAUGAUGUACAAGAAGCUUAUAACUUAAUCAAGGAUCUGGAACCUGCUACUCCUCAGGAGUAUAUCCUCAAGGGAGUGGUCAAUGCAGCCCUUGGCCAGGAAAUGGGGUCGAGGGAUCAUAUGAAAAUUGCCCAGCAGUUCUUCCAGUUGGUGGGAGGAUCAGCUAGUGAAUGUGAUACAAUACCAGGGAGACAGUGCAUGGCUUCCUGUUUUUUCCUGCUCAAGCAAUUUGAUGAUGUCUUGAUUUACCUCAACUCAUUUAAGAGUUACUUCUAUAAUGAUGACAUCUUUAACUUUAAUUAUGCCCAAGCCAAAGCUGCAACAGGCAAUACCAGUGAGGGUGAAGAGGUUUUCCUUUUAAUACAAAGUGAGAAGUUAAAAAAUGAUUACAUUUACCUCAGUUGGUUAGCUCGAUGCUAUAUAAUGAAUAAGAAACCAAGACUAGCCUGGGAACUCUAUCUCAAGAUGGAAACCUCUGGCGAGUCCUUUAGCCUCUUACAGCUCAUUGCUAAUGACUGUUACAAGAUGGGCCAGUUUUACUAUUCAGCCAAAGCUUUUGAUGUCCUAGAGAGGCUGGAUCCUAACCCUGAAUAUUGGGAAGGCAAGAGGGGGGCCUGUGUGGGCAUUUUCCAGAUGAUCUUAGCCGGGCGAGAACCCAAAGAGACCCUUCGAGAAGUGCUCCAUCUAUUGAGAAGCACAGGUAACACCCAAGUAGAGUACAUCAUCCGGAUCAUGAAGAAAUGGGCCAAAGAGAACAGGGUGCCUGUCUGACAUCCCUCCGGAGGCCUAGGGAACCAGUCACUGCCUUGACAGGAAAUUGGGAAUUAUUUUCCUUGAGUUUAAUGUAAGAUGCAGGACUCUGUUUUAUUGACGUUUUCCUUCCUUGUUCUUCAAGCCACAAGACCAGUGACUGCUUAGACUUGCCUCCAGGCUGAACCAAGUGCCAUAGUCUGUGCUGUGGCCCCUGUGUGAUCAGACCAGCAAUAAGACUUUGAACUUAUCCAGUGCCUUUCUUCCAAAAAUACUCAGAAUAUUGUUAUGUAAUUUACUGACUUUAAGGAGAACAGCAAACUUUGUCCUUACAUUAACAUUCCAUGGCGUUUUCUCCAAGCUGCAAUAACAAAUGUCAUCAAUGCUCAAGAGUCACCAUCAUUCUAUUAUCUUAUUUUUAGUCAUCUCUGUACACUAUCCCUUGUUACUAGGGAAUUCCAUAAAGAGUUUUGUAAUGCGUCUCUGAAUCUUGGGAGAACAGAAGUUAUAAAUAGCUAUAUGAUUCUAAGAAUGUCAGUAAGAACCUUUAUCCAAGUUGCCCGUUCAUUAAUAGAUAAUAGGCUUAGGAGUUAAUCUUUCAGUAACUGAAUUCUUGAUGAUAAUAACAUGUCACAGUGGAGUAACAUUGCAGUUUUUUAAAAGGUGAGUACUAUGAAAAAAAUCUGUGUGGUACAUUUAAGGAACUCUCAUUUGUCAUUUCUUCAUUAUAUUUUAGGUAACAAAACAGAUUAGGUUUUCCCUUCAUGUAUCUUGCUGAAUAAACAUCAAUUUUGAAAGUAGGGCUGCAAAGGCUAUGUGUAUGCAUUAUGGCCAUGUAUUAAUGUAAUGGUGUAGAACUUGGGUGUGUAGAGCCCUAUGAGGGAUUUCCUAAUGGCUGGGCUCUAUCCUAAGUAAUAUCUCAGCCCCAUGUUUCUGAGCUUUCGAAACAUAAUCCUAUUAUACAACUGAGCAUUCUUAGGCUCACAAGCUAUUUUCAGAAAAUAGACCUGCAUGUUUUUAUGUACCAGAUUACCUUUGUUUCUACACCAUAUUUUUUUCUUUGAGUUUAAGGCACCCAGUGUUACAGAUGUAGAAAGUGCAGAGCCAUCUGUAUGGAUGAAGAAGGUGUAUAGACUAGAGAUGGGAACAUGGAAGGAGUCAAAGCAGCUAAGGAGAGAUGAUCCAAGACCUCAGAUACUUCUGAACAGUUGCAAAGGUUCUUUCAGCUCUACUCAGGAAGAUGACCGGUUUUCUUGUCUUUUAUCUUAGACCCAGAUCUAAGCAGUUCAGAGCACAAAUCAAAAGAAACUGGCCUGAAUAACUGAAUUUUAGAAAACAAAGUUAAAUCCUUUUUCAUAUGCUAAAACUUCUCUGUUUCCUCAAUACGUUGUUCUACUUUUUCAAUAAUUAGUUCUCAGCAACCAACGUACUAGGUGCAUCAGAUCUGGGCAGAACCUGCUAUAAUUUUUAGAAUCUUUCUUGUUAUUCUUAAAAGAUUAGGAAAGGUAAUAGUGGAAAAAAGAAGAAACUCUUUGGUGGCUUUUGGCGAUGAAAUGUGCCUUUCAGUUAAUUGCUGUUAUUUUCAAAUUCCCUGUAUUUGAAAAGCUUUCCCACUGAUGGUCAUUUACUUUUAAAUGAGCUUUUGUUGAAUUUAAUACUUCUCC